AUGCCUCUUGAGAUAAAGCAUGCCUCUGAUUUCCCUGAGACCAAACUCCAGAGUGGGGAAAAUCUCAGUCAGCACGAUAAGAUGCACACUUGUCAGCAGUCUUUUGAACACAACGGGAAAGAAAAAAAUUUCAGCAGGAGGAAGAUAUUCCUUGUGAGUGAGAAAGUCUAUACCAGCGACGCAUGUAAUAAGCAACCUGUCAGUGUGGGAGAGUCUGUGCAGUUUAAAGAGAAAAAAUUAAAUAACAAUUCUGACUUUGACAAUCAUCCACAAACACACUCAGGAAAGAAAUCCCAAGAGCAUUUCCAGAGUGAGAAAUCACUUAUUUAUAAAACAGAUGUGGAAGUCAAUCAGAUAACCCAAACAGCUAGAAGUCACUGUAUAUGUGGUUACUGUAAAAAGCCUUUUAACUACAAAUCUUGCAUUAUCAGCAAACAUAGAAGUGACAGAGGAGCAGAUUUCUAUGUGUGCAAUGGAUGUAAAGAAAACAUUGACCAGGAGUCAGAACUCAUAGGAGAUCAGAUCCUUGACACUGCAGAGAAGCCAUAUGAAUGUAAUGAGCAUAGAAAAGUCUUUCACCAGGAAUUCUCUCUCAUUAGGGAUCAGAGAAUUCACACAGAGGGGAAACCGUAUGAAUGUAAUGAGUGCGGAGAAGCAUUUAAAAUAAAGUCAUAUCUAAUUGCACAUCUGAGAGUCCACACAGGGGUAAAACCUUAUGAAUGUAAUGAGUGUGGACAAGCUUUUAAGCAUAAGUCAUCCCUAAUCACACAUCAGAUAAACCACACCGGCAUAAAACCUUACGCAUGUAGUGAGUGUGGAAAAGCAUUUACACUGAAGUCAUAUCUAACUUCACAUCAGAGAAUACACACCGGGGAAAAACCUUAUGAAUGUAGUGAGUGUGGAAAAGCUUUUUCUCGGAGGUCACACCUCACUAUACAUCAGAGAAUCCACACAGGGGUAAAACCUUAUGAAUGUAGUGAGUGUGGGAAAGCUUUUUUUUAUAAAUCAAAGUUCAUUAGACAUCAGAGAGUCCACACAGGGGAAAAACCUUAUGAAUGUAGUGAGUGUGGGCAAGCUUUUAAGCAUAAGUCAUCCCUAAUCAAACAUCAGAUAAACCACACCGGCAUAAAAUCUUAUGAAUGCAGUGAGUGUGGAAAAGCAUUUACAGUGAAGUCAUAUUUAACUUCACACCAGAGAAUCCACACAGGGGAAAAACCUUAUGAAUGUAGUGACUGUGGAAAAGCUUUUUCUCAGAAGUCACACCUCAUUAGACAUCAGAGAAUCCACACAGGAAUGAAGCCUUAUGAAUGUAGUGAGUGUGGACAGGCCUUUAGGCAUAAGUCAUCCCUAUUUACCCAUCAGGUAAACCACACUGGGGAAAAACCUUAUGAAUGCAAUGAGUGUGGAAAAGCUUUUUCUCAGAAUUCAUACCUCAUUAAACAUCAGGCAAUCCAUACAAUAGAAACCCCUUAUGAAUGUAUUGAGUGUGGAAAAGCAUUUAAACAGAAAUCAUACCUAGCUAUACAUCAGAGAAUCCACAACGGGGAAAAACCUUAUGAAUGUAGCCAGUGUGGAAAAGCAUUUAAGCUGAAGUCAUCCCUAAUCGGACAUCAGAGAAUCCACACAGGGGUAAAACCGUAUGAGUGUAGCCAAUGUGGAAAAGCAUUUCAUUACAAGUCAGACCUAAUCAUACAUCAGAGAAUCCACACUGGGGAAAAACCUUAUGAAUGCAGUGAGUGUGGAAAAGCUUUUUCUCAGAAGCCACAACUCAUUAAACAUCAAAGAAUCCACACCGGGGAAAAGCCUUAUGAAUGUAAUGAGUGUGGAAAAAGUUUUUCUCAGAAGUCAGAUCUCAUUACACAUCAGAGAACCCACACAGGAUAA